AUGAUCAAGACAAGUGGAGUGGAAUACCACAGAUUUGUGGAGGGUCAGAAAAAGCCAGAGUAAGGAAGUAAAAAUAAGGGAGUACGAAGGUUUUGCGUAUCAGUUUAUGCUCUUUUGAAUACUGUUAAUAUUGUUUUGUUGAGAAAUAAAAUUUUGUUUUAGGUAUUAAAAACAGAUUAAUUUACAUAAAAAAUAGAUUUAUAGGCAGAAUCUAAAGUUAAAUUGACAAUAGAACAAAUUUUGAAUAGAUUUUUAAAAUUAUUGUUGGAUUUUCAGCCCAUGGGAGCGUCAUGCCAGUCUAGUGCUAAGAAUGGCUUUGGUCUUUGUCGCUUCUGCCGCUUUGGCCAUGGUUACCAUCGCGUAAGUGACAUUGGUUUCAAAAAUUAUAACGUAGCUGUUUCUAAUGACAAAGCUAAUAAUAAUAACGGCAAAUAUCUUUACCUUUUAUGGAAAGAGCAAUAACGUCCGUAAUUUACAAAGAAGAACAUUCUAGGCUUUUGUCGAUGAAUUCUACCAAAUCUCAGCUAUCUCAAAUGAUGCAUAAAUUAGAGGAAAGGACUUAUGACAAGACAGGUUCGACCUUUAAUCAACAUUAUCAACAGUUCUUGGAGUUUUUGAAAGAGUAAGUCACAUUUGUCUUAUUUUAUUGGAUUUAGGCUAUGACUAUAUAUUGCAAUAUUUUAUAAGUUGGAAGUCUUUCUAUGUUUGUUUUACAAGGUGGAGCUUCGGCUUUGGUUCUUUUGCAAGUUGGAGCUCUUGUUUAGUCCUGUUUAUAACUGUUUCUGGCAUUAGUUUUGAAGCAGAAACUUUGAUUACCGAAAAUUAUGUUGAUCUAGGUCUUACAAGCUUUUUCUUAUCACAUCACUUUUGGUUUUUGGGUUACUAAUAACAUUAGUUGUAUUUCAGACACGACCGACGCUAUGACGACCCAGAAGAAUUCAAUUUUCGAUUUGAAAACUUUAGAAAAACAAUUGAAAAGGUUGAAAACCUGAAGCAUUUGGAAAAAUUGACCAAGACUGAGUUUGGAAUCAACGAAAUGGCUGACAAAAGUGAGGACGAGAUCAAAGAGGUAGGAACUUUCUUUACAAAAAUUGUAUUUUUGAAUUGAUUUGGUUAUACGAUUGUUCAUUUAACGUAUAUUACCCUUCCAGAUGCUGUUACCUCUAGAUCACUACAAGAAACUGCGUAAAGAAGCUACCUUCAUAAAGCCCCAACCACCUCGUGAUCAGCUCCCAAAGAAGGACCAAUCACCAUAUCCAGCUCACUUUGAUUGGCGUGAUCACGGCGUAGUCACGCCGAGUCGUUCUCAACAUCAUUGUGGGUCUUGCUGGGCGUUUGCUACUGUAACUACAGUUGAAACAACAUAUGCUAUUGCUCAUGGAGUAUUGAGAAAUCUAUCACAACAAGAAUUACUGGAUUGUAAUUUGGAGAACAACGCUUGCAAUGGUGGGGAUGUGGACAAGGCUAUGAGGUAGAGUAGUUUAAAUUGUUAAAUGGUGCAAGGUUAAGUAGAAAUGGCAAAGGAGGUAAGGUCCAGCAGAAAUGGCACAAAUAAGGUAAAAAAUAGGUAUUACGGAGUUAAAAAAAGUUUUGUCGUUAAUUUGCUAUGUCUCUAAUGUUAAAAAGCGACAGGGCUUUUUGAGCACUCUAAUAAAUAUUAGCUUUGUAGCAGUUGAAAAGAUAGACUUAUUACGCCAAAGAAGUAGGUAAUAAUUAUUAUUCAGGUUUGUUCACGACCACGGCCUAAUGACAGCCGACCAAUACCCAUAUGUUGCUCAUCGUCAAAACUCGUGUGCCCUAAACGACUACGAAGGCCCAACAACCAAACUAGAACUAGCCUACUUCCUAAACCCAGAUGAAAACGCUAUGAUGGAGUGGCUCGUCAACUACGGUCCAGUCAAUGUUGGUAUCUCCGUUCCACCAGACAUGACACCGUACAAAAGUGGAGUAUAUCAUCCAUCUGCUUACGACUGCCAGUUCAGAGUACUAGGUCUACAUGCUUUGAAUAUUGUUGGAUAUGGUACAAAUGAGGAUGGGGAGAAGUACUGGAUUGUGAAGAAUUCGUGGGGGCCAAAAUGGGGCGUGGAACAAGGUUUUGUCUACUUUGCCCGAGGCGUUAAUGCUUGUGGAAUUGAGGACGAGCCUAUUGGUAUCUUGGCUUGA